AACUGCGUACGACCUUCCACUUCCUGUUCUCUCUUUUAGAAAUCUAAAACAUAACGUUUAGCGAGAUAACUAGCUAGAAUACCAAACAAUUCCAUGUUCCGUUGAGAAAAACGCUAGCUAAAAUCCGACAUGGCCCUACAGAAAGUAUGGACGUCGAAGAGUGUUUUAAACAGAUGUCUACAAGAGAUGGUUGCUCAGAGUCAUUUCCUUCGUGUAUCAAGUUUACACACAACAACCACUCAGCACAACUCCAACAAGACAUCAAUUGUACGAAGCAGUCGACAGAAGUAUGAACGGUUGUAUCCACUGUUGCUCGUACAACCCGAUGGUUCCACAAUUAACAUUAGGUACAAAGAGCCCAAGAGGAUACUCAUGAUGCCUGUGGACAUCAGUACACUCUCAGAGGAAGAAAGGAAAAUUAGGAUGCGGAAGCGGGAUCCCAGGAAGGGAGCUGUUAAGCAGAGGACAGUGGAAUUCGAAGAUGAUUUCAAAGUGGAUGAUUACAGCAAGUUUUGGAAGAAGUGAUAGAGCCUGUUGUAGCUAUUUAACUUUGACUAUUCUGCCAAUCAGGGUUUUCGAUUAGCCAACAAUUGUCAGCUUUUGGAAAACAAAUUAAUCAAUGAAAAGCUGUUAAAUAAAACUGUUGCAGUCCAAUGCCUGGUAGAAAAUAAACUCCCAUUGGAAAAUGUUAUUUAUUAAUUGAUGGAAAUACAUUUGACCAUCAUUCUUAUCGGUCUAUAGGUCAAUUUGCAUAAUAUAGUGGAAUAAAAUUGGCGUGUGUAUUUGCGUUAGGCUACAUGACUAUCUGAUUUAUCCAACAUAACUAUCACUCACACAGAAUACAGAGCUUAUUUUGAGCGGGAUUCCUCCUGCAGCUCCUCAGUUGCUUACUGCAAAAGUAAAAUGUGCUUUUAUAAGCCCAUUGCACAACAAUUGUAAAUGCAAUUGCAUGUUAAACAGUUUUGGUGCACAAUUAAAAAGAGCUAGGCCUACUAUUUUUAUUUCUCAACUCGUAGCCUAAUUGAAGCUCACCUCCCAUUCAACAUUCAAGUGCAGGCAAAAGGCUAUCAGCGUGUCACAACCACGCUACAAUGUGAGCUGGAGGCAGGAUGCAUUUUGAAAUUCAUUGUUUGAAAUCUGAAUGUUUAACUUCAUAUUAUGAGGCAUGUCUUACUUUGCUUCAAAGUAGCCUAUAGGCAAAAUCCGACCAUGGAAACGACUUCAUAGGCGGCGCGUAAGUUUCAAGUUUGGGCAAGCUUACAAUUUAUACUACCAUUUCAACCGAUCUGUCUGCAUAAGAACUGUUCGUCGGGAGCUUCAUGAAAUGUGUUUCCAUGGCCGAGCAGCCACACAAGCCUAAGAUGACCAUGUGUAAUGCUAAGUGUCGGCUGGAGUUGUGUAAAGCUUGUCGCCAUUGGACUCUGGAGCAGUGAUGAAUCAUGCUUCACCAUCAGGCAGUCUGCCGGUCGAAUCUGGGUUUGGCGGAUGCCAGUAGAACGCUACCUACCCCGAUGCAUAGUGUCAGUGAAGUGUGGUGGAGGAGGAAUAAUAGUCUGGGGCUGUUUUUCAUGGUUCGGGCUAGGCCCCUUAGUUCCAGUGAAAGGAAAUCUUAAAGCAACCGCAUACAAUGACAUUCUAGAUGAUUCUGUGCUUCCAACUUUGUGGCAACAGUUUGGGGAAGGCCCUUUCCUGCUUCAGCAUGACAAUAACCCUGUGCACAAAGCAAGGUCCAUACAGAAAUGGAAGCCUUCCCAGAAGAGUGGAGGCUGAUAUAGCAGCAAAAGGGGGAACAACUCCAUAUUAAUGAUUUUGUAUUGAGAUAUCCAAGCAGCAGGUGUCCACAUACUUUUGGUCAUGUAGCAUAUUUUAGAUGCUUUUCACUGACCGCCUCAAGUCAAUAAUCAGCCAGGCCUAUUUCCACACUCCCCCCCCCCCCCCCCCCCCCCAAAGAAAAGCUAAUGAUCCUCGAUUCAUCUGGCUAAAUCAUGCUUUCUGGUGAAGUAUUUUGAGUGAUUUAAUUUAUUUCUGUAUAGACAGGAAUAGUUAUACAGUUGAAGUGGGAAGUUUACAUACACUUAGGUUGGAGUCAUUAAAACUAGUUUUUCAACCACUCCACAAAUGUGUUAAUAAACUAUAGUUUUGGCAAGUCGGUUAGGACAUCUACUUUGUGCAUGACACAAGUAGUUUUUCCAACAAUUGUUUACAGACAGAUUAUUUCACUGUAUCACAAUUCCAGUGAGUCAGAAGUUUACAUACACUAAAUUGAUUGUGUCUUUAAACUUUUUAUUGCCCAAACUGUAUUCUGUGUGGGUGUGUUUUCCCUCUGAUUAGGGUCAAGGGAUGAAUGUUGAAUUAAAAAAUGGAACAUCUGGUCUCUGGAAACAUGCUGUGUCAUGAUUACAGUGUACAUUCCAAUGUACAGUGAGUCAUAACACCAUUGCUGAGCUGUAACAAUCUCUUGGUUAAAAGAGUCCAGAACUCCAUGCCAGAUUUUGCACACAACACCCGGUUACAAUGUGGGCGUCCUAAAUAAUCUACAAAUGCAAGUCAUUCUAAUUCAGCGGUAGCUACCGUUUGGAAACGAGGUCACUCCUGUUAGAAUAAAGUAACUGAAGUUGCUGAAUAGUUCAUAAAGGCUUUCUACCACGAUACAUUUAUCGACUUACCAAGGACACCACAUGGAAAAACACACCACCAGUGCUAAGGUGCUCCUCAACCAUGCUACGAUUUUGUAUCUUCACACGGGGAAUUUAGUAAACCGAAGCCGUCUCAAGAAAAAAUGUCCGUCUUCACCUAGCGAAGAGAUUCAAGACUGUGUUCGAGCCACUCUUAAUGAGUGGUGUGCCACCAUACCACCAACAACUUCACCAACGGACCUACCGGACACCAUUGACUGCUCCAUCCCUCAAGCUACAGAAGCAAUCACACCUGAAGAAAGGGAAGAGCUGAAGGUCUCUGUGAAACUAUUUAUUUGCGAGGCAGACCUCUCUUCAAUCAAAGAUGCAGUCGAUAAGUCUUGUCAGGCCUUGGCUGUGUCCCAGCUGGACUCGGUGAUCAUUGCACCCCCUGUUCUGCCUGAGGGGGAGAGCCAGACCCUGGAGAACCUGCAGCCUGCCUGGACGGAGCUGGAGGGCUUGGUGCAGAGCCACAAGAUCGCUGCCAUCGGAACCUCCGACCUGGACAAGGAGCUCCUGGAGCAGCUCUACAACUGGGCCCAGGUGAAACCCAGCAGUAACCAGGUGAAUCUGGCCUCCUGCUGUGUGAUGCCCCCUGACCUGACUGCUUUUGCAAAGGAGUUUGACAUUCAGCUACUGACUCAUAAUGACCCAAAAGAACUGAUUACUGCUGCCAGCUUCCAGGAGGCAGUGCAGGAGAGCACUCAGGACCUGAAGGUAGCAGACUGGAGGUUGGAGUGGGUUUUGCGCUACUCCAUCAUUGUCAAAAGCAGGGGGAUCAUCAAAGCAAAAGGCUACCUUGUUCACUCAAAGAGAAACAACCUGUAGCAUGUCCUCUGAAAAUCUGUUAUUCAGAUGUUACUCAUGUCCAAUGCGUUUAAGACGGGUAUAUAAGGUAGAUAAACCUUUAACAAACACGGCUACAAAACUGAAUUGGAACCACAGAAAUAAUUCAAUUGUUUAGAUGGAUCACCUUGUUUUAGUACAAUGUUAGAAUUAUUGCAAAGCAGUUUAAACGUUAAACAGCCUCUAACCAACUACGGAAAUGUCCCCUUCUGUUUUCUACUGUAUAAUACUGGCACCCUGUAUAGUGGGGACAAGAGCCUAAUUCCAAUAUAUUUCUGAUGAGUGAAAAGAAUGUAUGGUUAGUUCAUGAACUUCUCUUGAUUUAGUGUACAGUAGUGAUUUGAUUUUUAGAAACAACUUUAUGGAUGUUAAAGUGUUGUCUUGGCAAGUCUUUGUAUAUUCGUUAUUUUUUUUUAAAGCCCAGUGCUACUGACCGGGUAUACCAGGAUAUGAUUUGUCCUAUACCCCUAACUGCUCAUACUUAUUAGAAAAUGUGUCCCCAUCUAAGUGGUAAUAUGAGAAAUAUCCCCAAAUGAGGUUUACAUUCAUAGUAGGCUUGACACCUUUAUCGUGUACGUGAUAGUACUGGAAUAUUCCAGAUUGGCAUGGAAAAUGAAUUCUAAGCUCUGAAGUGUCUGGGUGGAUGUCUUAUUUAUUAAUCAUGGCAUUUCUACCAGGCAGGGUCCACAAUCCUAAGAAGUUUGAGUUCUCUAUUGUACUGUAAUUCAUAUAUUUAAUGUUACCAUUUUCUGUAUUCUAUUGGGUUUAUUAAAUGAUUAAACACUU